AUGGUGAUGCCUGUGUCGACUUCUCUGUCAUCACCGUUGCCCCUUUCUUCCACUGGCUCUAUGGUGCAGAACGAAGUCUGUCACCGCUCCUUCCCUAAUGUAGGAACAUAUUCGUGGCGUCUGGUGGUGCUGGAGGAUGGUGGUGGCAGUGUGGGUGUUCUUGAAUGUGUUUUCUCGAAAGAGAGAAAGAGAGAUGAGAACCAUGUAAUUCGUCGAAAGUUAUCGAAUUCAAUCCAUUUACUUUGUAGUUUUAUUAGGAUUUGGAGUGGAACUUGUUCAUUCUCCAAUUGCAUCAUUACCAAAUUCAUUCCCAAGAGUCACUGUAAUCAAUCUUGUGAGUUGGCCCCAUUUCCAGUGAGUUACUGGAUCGACCUCCUUCGACAAAUCGCAGCUUCCAUAAACGCAUCUCAGUUCUGCUUCUGCACGGCUUCAAGCGAUUUUGUAUUCUAUAAUUUUCAUAGUGUUGCUGAUUUUUAUUCUACUCAAUCUCCAUUGAAGGAUUUUACUUUGCAAUAUCAUACCUGAAGAUGAAUGGUAUAUGUUCAUCUGUAUGACCUCCACAUGUUCGAUGAAAUGUCUGGCAAAUAAGUUCUAUCUUGGGCUUCAAAAUUAAACGAGAAGGAAAAUUUAAAGGACGUAAUUAUGAAGAACUGGAUUAGACUAAUGAUGCUAUAGUUGACCAACUAAAACUAUAAGGGCUUUUCUUGAGGUUUCCAAGAUUCAAUGAUGCAAUGUUUCAAGAUCAUAUUGGAAGUUCUUAGUUGUAAGUUGAUAAGAAGAAAGACUUCUGAGAUGCAAUAUGAGUUGAGAUUCAAACUAAAAGGACAAAUUAAGAGGCCAUAAUGAGUCAUUAAAUGCAGCAAAUUUGGAGGAGACGGGUACAUGGUGGUUAGUUGAUGGCCAUAGUUUCAGACUAUUAGGAGAAAGCUGGGUCAACUUUGAGUGUAUAAUUUGGAUACAAAUUGGAGGAGACUAUAUUUUGUAUGAUUGUUAAUGUCUUUAGCAUUACAAACUCAACAUCUACAUAAAACAGAUGAUUAUAUAAUCAAGGGGUAUAAUGGUCAAUGAUGUAAAUGUAUAUUAAAAGCAGAGGAGUAUCGGCAACAAGCUUUAAUGCAACAGUGUGAGGUGUACGUACAGGUCAAGUUUGCAAAUAAGAAUUUGAUAAAAAUAAGAAAUCUAUAUUUAAAACCUGAUUAUGUUGAUCAUUUUCUUUGAAAAGAAAUGUAAAAUCUUGAAACAUGGUGAAUUUCUUUUUGACACCUUGUAAUUCAAGUUCCAAUACACUGCCCUAAAUAAAUAAAAAAUAAUAUAUCUUUUUAUAAGAAUUAUAAUCUUUUUAUAAUGGCAAAAGGGGUUAAGAGA